UUCGUUUCGUCGUGGUCUCGCGGAGAAUGUAGGGGAAAGAACGUGAGUGAGUGCAAGCUACCUGUUGCACUGGGAGCGCUCCAACUGCACAGAUUUGUCCAUUAUUUCCCCUUUGCACUCCGUUUCUACGCUCUUCGGUUGGGAAAUGGAAAAUUGUCCACUAUAUAUCCAUGUACAUACAUAUGUAUUGUUGCACAUAGCUCCCGAUCCUGCUCUGACCGCCGCACCGUUAUACCCUACACCGCUUACUCUCUCAGAGAGCGCCGGGAGAGAAGAGGCAAGAGUGUUCUCCGUCCUCGUCUCCUUCUCUCUCAACGAUAAGGAGGCAACAACAAAAUAAUAGUCCUCUCUCACGCACACGCACACCAGAGCACCGCUCAGCUGUGCAUUCUCAUUCUCUCAUUCUACCCUGUUUGCUCCGAUCGAGAGUGGGGGUUGCACCGGUCUUUAUAAAAACCAGCUGCGCCGAGAAAAUAAACACAAUUUUUCUCUCAACCGCCGCCGUGAUCACAUCUCGAGCUCCCUGUGUGGAGAAACUAUUGGAUAAACAUUAACCCACACACCCAACAACAACAAAAAAUUUAAAAAACAGUUAACAUGCUGAAACGGACACAUUAAACAAUCCCAAAAAAGUAUUAAUAAAAUGCAAUAUUAGCUGUAAACUAUAAACUAUAACUAAACUAAAGGACUACAAAGUGCAAAAGCCGAAAGCAGUAGAACAAACUGUAAAUGAAGAGUGAGAAGUGACAAAUCGAAAGAAAAUUGUGUUUUAGCAAUUUUUGGAAGAGGAAGACCCGUUUAAGGGGAAUUUAAACAUCAAUUCGAAAAUCCAACAAAAUUCAUCAACAAAAUGCUCUGGGAAACGAUUGAGGAGGAAAGCAGCAGCAACAACUGCAGCAUCAGCAGCCUGGAUUGCAAUAUCAGCAAUUCGAGCAACAAACACAACAGCCGUCGCGCCCGCCGCUCCCUGGCCUGCAGCGAAAUGAUGGCCAUGGACGCGGAGGAGCUGUCCUUCUACGACGAUGAUGUCCUGCCCCAACAGCGCGUGGCAAGUCCGGAGCUGAUGGGGCUGCUCUCGCCAGAGGGAUCGCCCCAGCACUUCCAGAUUGUGCGCCAGCAGAAAACGCUGCCAGCGACAACGGAAGAGAGCAGCACAGCCGCGACGCCAGCCCGCAGCUUCCGCGUCUUCAACAGCCUCUCGUCCACCUGCUCGAUGGAGUCCAAUAUGGAUGAUGAGUACAUGGAGCUGUUCGAGAUGGAGUCACUGGCGGGACAGCAGCCCAGCUCCCUGGGCUUCCCCAGCGGCCUCAAUUCGCUGAUCAGCGGCCAGAUCAAGGUGGCCUCCCCGGCCCGCCCCAUCAGAUCGCCAGCCCUGACGAUGCGUCGCCCCUCGGUCCGACGCUGCCUCAGCAUGACGGAGACGAAUAGCAAUCAGCUGCAGCAGCUCCAACCACAACCAAAGACGCCCGAAAUUCUGAAAGAGACUGCCCGGGACUGCUUCAAGCGUCCCGAACCCCCUGCAUCGGCCAGUUGCUCGCCCAUCCAAAGCAAGCGCCACCGCUGUGCCGAGAAGGAGAACUGCCCCACACCCACCGCCACUGUCCCACACAGCCACAGUAGCACCACCACGACGGUGACCUCCCAUCCCCCACCGCUGCGCAAGUGCAUGUCGCUGAACGACGCCGAGAUCAUGUCCGCGAUGGCCCGUUCCGAGAACCGCAACGAACCGGAGCUCAUCGGGGACUUCAGCAAGACGUACGCCCUGCCACUGAUGGAGGGACGCCACCGCGAUCUCAAGUCCAUCUCCAGCAACACGGUAGCCCGCCUGCUGCGCGGCGAGUUCGCGGGGGAUGUGGCCAGCUACCGUAUCAUCGACUGCCGCUACCCGUACGAGUUCGAGGGCGGCCACAUCGAGGGGGCCAAGAACCUGUACACCACCGAGCAGAUCCUCGAGGAGUUCCUCUCCGUCGCACAGACUGAGCUGCAGCAGCAGCAGGCCUCCGAGGCCGGCCCCAAGCGCCACAUCAUCAUCUUCCACUGCGAGUUCUCCUCGGAGCGGGGCCCCAAGAUGUCGCGCUUCCUCCGCAAUCUCGAUCGGGAGCGCAAUACCAAUGCCUACCCGGCUCUCCACUAUCCCGAGAUCUACCUUCUGCACAACGGCUACAAGGAGUUCUUCGAGACGCACAUUGAGCACUGCGAGCCGCACACCUACCGCCCCAUGCUGGACCCCGCCUACAACGAGGCCUACCGCCACUUCAGGGCCAAGUCAAAGUCCUGGAACGGCGAUGGCCUGGGCGGUGCCACUGGGCGUCUCAAGAAGUCCCGCUCCCGUCUUAUGCUGUAAGGGGAGUCUCCGGAGUAUGGCUUUGAGUCGUUAUCAAUUGGGUGUUAUCUGGGUAUUAUAUAUAAUAGAGAUGGUCGGGUCGGUCAUCGGGGGUAUUUAUUUCACACGCAGCAUUUUAAGUUGAUUUUUGUUGAUUUUCAUUUGUUAAUCUAUGGCUUAAGUUUAACCAGAACUCCCCCCUCUGUCACACACACACACACACACACCACGUCACUACCCCACACAACUUUCGAUGUCACCCCUCAUUUUUAUUUAGUUGUCUAUUGUUUUUUAUGAAUUCGGCUGUAGUUCAAUUAUUUGUAGUCCUUUAGUUCAAAUUUUAACGUAAAGAGCGCCAAACGCCAAGAAAGAAGCAAAAGCUGAAAGAAACAAAAAAAAUGUGCAUUAUAAGCUAACGAAAAGACGAAAGCGAGAAACUGUCACUAAAAUUUAAGAGGCCGAAACAGAAUAUUUUAAAUUGUACAUGUCCUCCCCUCAGACCCCUUCAUCAUUUUUUAGAUGAUAAGCAGAAAACAAAAUGGCUAAAAACAAACACACAUCCACACACACGUUCAUCAAGUACAUAGACAUCCAUUUUUAAAUGUUUAAGUAUGAUUAUUUAAGAGUUAAAGUUGAAAACUUUGGCUAGGUACAAUUUACGCUUAUUAUUUGUUUAAUUUUAAAUAUACUUGCAAAACACGAAAACUGAACUGAAAA